UGUAGUUGGUCUCGCGCCCCUUUCUCCUCCGUCUCUCCGCCGCAUCACCUUCCGGGACACCACACCACACCACACCACACCACUAUAUUCAGUAUAUUAUAAGCUCUGUCUGACCGCUUCCAUCCAGCAUUUUCUCCAUUGCACAUCACCGUUAUUCAGGUCGACUUUCAGAAUGAAAGGAGCGAAAUUAGCCGUGGUUUUGAGCCUGUUUUUGGCCUUCGUCCUGCUGACUGAGGCUGCGCGAAGCAAGAGAGACUCGAGCAGCCAGAACAGCUUCAGGAGGGCGGCAAGCGGCUUCUACCAAACCCUCAGCAAUAUCUUCGGAGAGGAAAACAUCAGAACGCUGCACAAGUUCUUCUCAAAAACUACAGAGAGGUUUGUUCAUGGAGUCGAUUCAUUUUUGGACACUUUGUGGAAACUCUGGGUGGAUCUGCUUGAUGUUAUGGGCAUUGACUCCUCUAAUCUGACUCACUACUUCAGCCCAUCAUCCGUGUCCAGUUCUCCUGCUCGCGCUCUCCUCCUGGUGGCAGCCUUGCUGGUGGCUUACUGGUUCCUGUCCUUGUUCCUGAGUGGCUUCUUUUACAUCCUCCAUGCGGUAUUCGGCCGUUUCUUCUGGCUGGCCCGCGUAGCACUUUUCGCCCUCUCGUGCCUGUACAUUCUGCAGAAAUUUGAGGGCGACCCAGAGAAGGCAGUGCUGCCGCUGUGCUUCAUCAUGGCUGUGUACUUCAUGACGGGACCAGUGGGAGCACACUGGCGGAAAGGAGGCGGACCUGGAACUCUGGAGGAGAAGAUCGACCAGCUUGACACCCAGAUCCGCCUCCUCAACAUCCGCUUGAGCAGAGUGAUUGAAAACCUAGAGCGCUCCAGUGACCAAUGAAGUUUUUCCCCCCAGGCUAAGGGUUAGAGCUUGGGUUUGUGGGAUGGUAUGAGAAGAAAAAAGGUUGUUUUUUAUUGUUUUGUUUUUUUUUUGUCCCCUUUUUCUCAGGAUGUCCCAACAUUUUAGUCAGGCAAGAAUUGUAUGUGACAUAUUGUAUGGAAAUUUGAUAAAUUCUCCAGUUGAUGUACCGAAAUGAAUCCAUUAUGUUCGCCCUAUUGUCGUAGAAUGUAUUAUCAGUGUCCAUUUAUACUGUAGCCGCCCAUUUUUGAGUAAAUAUCAGGAGUUUUUGUAUACUGUGGGUCUGUGUGUGUCUGCAAGCCUUGAGUUGAGUGUGUUGUUCCAUUGCGCAGUGUUAGGCCUUUUACAUAAGCUUUGUUUGGGCAAUUUCUGUAAGUGUGUGUGUUAUUUAUGAAUCAGGAAGGCAAUGCAAUCGAGAGUUGAUUUCGAAACACUCAAAGUGUGAAGGAUAGUCAGUAUCACUGUAUUUUUUUCAUCUCUCUUUUAUCUCUUCUUGAGGUCACCAGAGGUUACUCUGAGUUCAGGACCGAUCGGCACUAUCAGGGAUCGAGAUGUAUGUGGAAAUUGCUUUCAGAAAGCAGCUAGUCACCAGAUUCAUGAGGAUAUCUGACCAGUGUUCCUGGCAGCAAAAUAACAGUGCUGCAAUCUACACCAGUAUCUCUGUCCAACUUCAGCUAAGAGAGAGAGAUGUGCUUAAGAUAAGUACGUACAGGGUAAAACCUGGUCAUGCACUUUGUUCUCAGCAUGAGAUCAUUUUAUCAGUUGUAUGUACCAUUUUAAUAUGGGGAUUGAUUGAAUAGCGUUUUAAUCCCACUACAUAUUAGUGCUGCUUAGUGAAUCAUUUUUAAGAAAGUGGCCUAUAUGGUUUCGUCCACAGUGGCAUUUUGUCUAGUUGAAAUGUCUGUGCUAACUAAUUGAACCUGUGUCCUAUCUUCUCUGUUGCCUCUCAUUCACUCUCAUUCCUUUCUGCUCUUGCAGUGCAUUUAUUCCACUUUUUUUUUUAUUUGUUUAAUUUGAUUUUUUUAUUCCACUUUUUUGAUUUGUCAGGUUUUUCUGCACUCUGCUAAAGCUUUGUAGCUAAAACCAAUUUGCAUGUUUUUUUAAUAUAAUUUGAACAUUUAAUCUCUGCUUCAUAGCUAAAAAUUACUGUGAUUUAACUUUUUAUAUGAAAUUAUUUUUAAGAGAAUUUAUGAAUGGUCAGUGUUAAAGUAUAUUUUCAUUCCAUAAUACACCUGUUUUUUUUUUUUGUUUUUUUUUUACACAAUUAGAAUUGCUGUUUUUAAAGUAAAUACACUUUGGUUCAAAAGUUUGGAGUCAGUAAGAUUUUUUGUUGUUGUUGUUGUAAGAAAUGAUUACUUUUAUUCAGAAAGGAUGCAUUCAAUUGUAUUAGGGAUGCACCGAUAUGAAAAAUUUUGGCCGACACCAAUAACCAAUAAUUCUUUAUAUUUGAAAGCCGAUAACCGAUAUGUUGGCCGAUAAAUUUAAUUCAAAAUUUUUAUAGAAUUUGAGAGAUUACAAAAACAAAAGUCUCAACAUUAAAAGCCAUGUCCCAAGCACACAAUUAUAAUGUUCUCAUUAUAUCAUUAUUCAUGAAGCCUAUAUUACAGAUUUGCGCUGUACGUUGUACUUAACUGUACUUUCCUUUUUGAAGUAAUUUCAAUCAUAUUUCAAGCAAUUCAAAAGCAUAAUGGCGGACAGUGCGCAUCUGAAGUGUCUCAGCUGAAGGAAAUAAUCCAUUAUUUAUCGGAUUUAAUAUAUCGGCCAAGUUUUCUUAUUGGGCCGAUAAUGAUAACAUUAAAAAUGAACAUAUACCGAUAUGGUGGCCGAUAUAUUGAGCAUCCCUAAAUUGUAUAAAAUUGUUGAAUGCUGUUCAUUUGAACUUUCUGUUCAUCAAAGGAUGCUGAAAAAAUGUAUACCAGUUUCCACAAAAAUAUUAAGCAGCACAAUUGUUUUCAACAUUGAUAAUAAUAGGAAAUGUUUCCUGAGCACCAAAUCAGCAUGAUUUCUGGAGGAUCAUGUGACAUUAAAGACUGGAGAAAAUUUAGCUUUGCCAUCACAGGAAAUUACAUUUUAAAAUAUGUUAAAAUGGAAAGUUUUUUAUUGAAAUAAUAUUUCACAUUAUUUGUUUAGACAGUAUUUUUGGUCAAAUAAAUGCAAUUAAAAAAAAAUAAAUAAAAAAAAAUAAAAAAUUAACAACCCCAAACUUUUGAACGGUAGUAGUGGUGGUGGUGGUGUUUUUUUUUUUUUUAACUAAGAACAUUUUGUUUUUUGUGUGUAUCAUAUUGUAAAAGUGUUUAUUUUCAAAUCAAUGUUAUCAUUUUUUUUUUUUUUGUUAAUUUCUGAUGCAGCUAAAUUAUCAUUUUUAUAUUAAUGUAUUUGUCUCCAGCCUAUUACUUUGAAUUCAUGACAGCUUUAAAAUAAGUUUUGUGGCUUUUUGUCCCUGUGUCAGCAUUGAUGCCAUCUUAACUCUUUUUAAACAUUGACAAAAUUCACUUUUAACAGAAACACACAUUCAAAAUGUAUAGGCCAAAAAUAUUCAUGACUCAUCUGCACUUCACUGAUUUUAGAUCUACUGUACUGUAACUCAAGCCUACUGGAAAUCAGUGCAUGUACCAUUAUCAAGAAGGCCCUUUUAUCCUGUAUGAAUGUGUGAAGGAUGUUAUCUAGUUUAUAAAUCCUACAAAAUAAGCACCAGCUUUUAAGGAAUCUCCAAAUAGCAAACACAAGUGUAAUUGCAAUGUACCAGCAUUGUUGUAAAAGUACUGGGGACAACUAAGUAUAAUCACACAUAUACAUGUUUCAGCAAACACUCAUAUAUUUAAAAUAGUCAUGUGUACUUUGCAUAUCUGUGAACGAGAAGCCACAGUAAUAUACCAUGGAAAAUAAGUUUUAUUGUUUGCUGUGAUGUCAAGCGUAUGCCAUGCAGUGUAAAUGUGCUGAGUUUACUUGUAGAAAUGUGUAUGAUGGACAUUUUACUACCCACACUGUGUUUCAUAAUUCAUGUUAAGUCCUACAUUUAUUUGUGGAAUAGUAUGUAUUUUGUUGUUACAUCAAACAUAAGGGAGAUGUACUGACUCAAUAACUGCAAAGACCCAGUUCUCUCUCACACUGUCUCUCCUGUUGACUGCGCCAGUGCCAAUUGUGUGUUGAGGUUUUUGCGUCAUUAACUGAUUUGUAUUAGAAAGCACUGAAUCAGGUUUGCUUUUUGUACUGUAUAAUUUUUCAUAAGAGUUGUUCACCUGCAAUGUUGCUUGCUGUGGUAUUAUUUGCGCUGUCUGUAACAUAUUUUUGUUUAUGAAACUUAAAUGAUUUUCUCUAAGAUUAAACGAUGGUCCAAAAAUGAUUUAAUAAACGUAGUAUACAAUUUGA